AUGGCUCACAGCACAUUCCAUUUCCCUCGAAACUCUGGGCUGAUACGCAUUCGGCGUCGUGGGUCUUAUGAAGAAGAUCCAUUUAGCAUCCCGCAACCUCAUUGGUAUACGCGUGGGUGGCAAGCCAUCACCGACUGGACACAUUCUCUUAUGCGAUACCGAGUGUUGCGCAUUCCAAAGCUCAACUGGUUCAUUAUUCUAUUUUUUACAGCGUUUCUGAUUCGUUUGACAAUGGUUUACUCUUCUAUCUAUAUGAAAACAGCUCUUACAACUAUGAUUGUGUCAAAUCUCUUACUUUACGGUCUUGCAGAUACCCUUGCUCAAUCCCUCACUAUGUUUGUGGCUUUCAAACCUGAUACAGGAUCAGAUGCGGGAUUUCGAAUUCCCUAUGUUCUUGAGAAGCUUGAAGUAAGACGCAUUCGUCUUCCCGAAGAGCCUUCUCAAGACGAAUCAGAGGACGAAACGGGAGACCAACCUCAUCAAGAUGAUGAUGUAGAAGCAACUAUCAAUAAUGGUCAUGAUCCAGUACACAAUCCUUAUGAAAGUGAUGACACAGAUUCCAUCAACUCCCAGGAGUUGGCCGAGCUUGGUCUUGCUGAUGAUACCCAUACUUUCCGCCUGCUGGAUCAGUCGGAAGAUAGAAACAGCACCAAUGAUACUACUACAAGUACACCUGACUCAUAUUCUUCCCCCACGCAUUAUAAUCACCAUUAUAUUUCUUCGCCCAGUGGCAACAACACUAAUACCCGUCGUCAUAAGAUAACAAUUAAGGAACAGGCUGAAAACCCAGACGCAAUGAAAAAGUAUGAUUUCCGUCGUCUUUCUCUCUUUAUGGUCUGGGGGUUUGUUCAAGCCUUGCUUCAGUACUGCUGGUAUGCUGUGCUUAACAGCUUAUACAAAGAAGACAAUCUUUUCUUAUCUACUCUUAAACGUGUUCUCACUGACCAACUUUUUUAUUCUCCAAUUUCGCUUUUUGCCUUUUUUAUAUAUUCUACCAUUGUCAUGGGCCGAGGCGAUCGAGCUGCUCUUAUUGUCAAGCUACGCUCUGCUUACCUGCAAACUCUUGUGGUCAAUUAUGCAGUUUGGCCUGCUGCUCAGUUUGUCAAUUUUCUAUUGAUGCCCGUGUCACUCCAGGUUCCCUUUGCUUCUACAGUUGGUGUCUUUUGGAAUGCCUAUCUUUCUCUCAAAAAUGCCUCUGCUCCCAAAUGA